AUGAACGGACAUCAGUUUGCAUACUCGUCUGCACCGCUUCGGCGAGUUAAAUAUGUACAAUUUGGAAUAUUGUCCCCAGAAGAAAUUAAACAAAUGUCCAUAGCUCAAAUUGAACAUCCCGAAACUAUGGAUGAAUCUGGCCAUCGACCUAAACAAGGAGGUUUACUGGAUCCACGUAUGGGUACAAUAGAUAGAAAUUUUAAGUGCCAGACAUGUGGUGAAGGAAUGUCUGAAUGUCCUGGUCACUUUGGUCAUAUUGAAUUGUGCAAACCUGUUUUUCACAUAGGAUUUUUACCUAAAGUAAAAAAGAUCCUCGAGUGUAUCUGCAUAAAUUGCUCAAAAUUAAAGACAGAUGAUGUUAGUUCACGCAAAAUUCGUGAUCCCAAGCGUAGACUUAAAGCUGUAUGGGAUAUUUGUAAAUCUAAAAUGACAUGUGAACGUGGAGAAGACUCGGAACAAGACGCUGACAAGGGUUCUGACUACGAUGAAUUUCACUCUUCUCAAAAGCAUUCCGAUAAAAAAACCGACGAAGAACUAGGUUUAAUCAGAAAAAAGAAGCCUCAUGGAGGUUGUGGACAUAAACAGCCAACCGUCCGUAAAGAUGGUUUAAAACUUUAUGUAAACUAUAAAAGUAAAGAUAAUGAGGAUCAAUCAGCACAAGAUACUAGGAAGCCUCUUACCCCUGCUGAAGUGUAUUUAAUUUUCAAAAAGAUUAGUCCUCAAGACCUUCGCGAUAUGGGACUAAAUGCUGAAUACGCUAGACCGGAUUGGAUGAUUAUAACUAUACUUCCUGUUCCUCCUCCUCCUGUACGUCCCAGUAUACAAAUGGACGGAACAAGUCGAGGUGAAGAUGAUUUGACUCAUAAAUUGUCCGACAUCUUGAAGGCAAAUCAAAACGUAAAACGUUAUGAAGCUGAUGGUCAUCCCCCACACGUUGUAAACGAAUUUGAAGCAUUGUUACAGUUUCAUUGUGCAACUUAUAUGGACAAUGAAAUGGCUGGUCAACCUCAAGCUCUUCAGAAAUCUGGUAGACCUUUAAAGUCAAUACGUGCACGUCUCAAGGGUAAAGAAGGACGAUUACGCGGUAAUCUGAUGGGAAAACGUGUAGAUUUCUCUGCUCGUACAGUAAUUACGGGUGACCCAAAUAUUUCAGUUGAUGAAGUCGGAGUUCCGAAAAGCAUAGCUCAAAAUUUGACAUUUCCAGAAUUGGUGACUCCCUUUAAUAUUGAUUAUCUUCAAAAAUUAGUAGAAAAUGGCCCUUCUACACAUCCAGGGGCUAAAUACGUAAUUAGAGAUACUGGUGAAAGGAUUGAUCUAAAACAUAUAUCAGGCAUGACUGGUGGAUUAAGGUUACACUACGGUUGGAAAGUUGAACGUCAUCUCAAUGAUGGUGACAUCGUUAUAUUCAAUCGUCAACCAUCUUUGCACAAGAUGUCGAUGAUGGGACAUAAAGUUCGUGUUAUGCCCUAUUCGACCUUCCGUCUUAAUUUAUCAGUUACAACACCUUAUAACGCCGAUUUUGAUGGUGAUGAAAUGAACAUGCAUGUUCCCCAAUCAGUUGAAACUAAAGCAGAAAUUUCAGAAAUUUGCAUGGUUCCUAAACAAAUUGUAUCUCCCCAAUCAAAUAAACCUGUUAUGGGUAUUGUACAGGAUACUUUAUGUGCUGUUAGAAAAUUUACAAAAAGGGAUUGCUUUUUAUCUAAAGAUUUGGUAAUGAACAUUUUAAUGUGGGUUUCGGAUUGGGAUGGUCGUCUUCCAAUACCUUGUAUCCUGAAACCAAUUCCUUUAUGGACAGGCAAGCAAAUUUUGAGUAUGAUCAUUCCUAAGGGCAUAAAUUCGGACAAUCUUAGACAUUCAACUCACCCAGAUUCUGAGCGAUCAGAUAUUUCUCCUGGAGAUACCAAAGUUUUAAUAGAAGAUGGUGAAUUACUUUGUGGUAUUGUGUGUAAAAAGACAGUUGGAACAUCACAACAAGGUUUAGUUCAUGUUAUUAUGCAAGAACUUGGCCCAGAAAAAGCAAAGGACUUUUUGAAUGGAUGUCAAGCGGUAGUUAACCAAUGGUUAUUACAAAAUGGAUUUAGUAUCGGUAUCGGUGAUACGAUCGCCGAUAAAGAUACAAUGGAUGCGAUUACACGAACUAUUGCAAAUGCUAAAGAACGUGUUGCGGACUUUAUUACGGAAGCGCAACAAAACAAGUUAGAAUGUUUACCUGGUAUGACAAUUAGAGAAACAUUUGAAAAUAAAGUUAAUAAAGAACUCAACACAGCUCGUGAUUCGGCUGGUCAAAGUGCCGAAAAGAGUUUGAGUGAAGAUAAUAAUGUAAAACAAAUGGCGGUUGCUGGUUCAAAGGGUUCCUUCAUAAACAUAUCACAAAUGACUGCUUGUGUAGGUCAACAAAAUGUUGAAGGAAAACGUAUUCCCUUUGGGUUCAAAUUCCGUACUUUACCCCAUUUCACCAAAGAUGAUCACAGUCCCGAAAGUCGUGGUUUUGUCGAAAAUUCAUAUCUUCGUGGAUUAACUCCACAAGAAUUUUUCUUUCAUGCAAUGGGUGGUCGUGAAGGUUUAAUUGAUACGGCUGUCAAGACUGCAGAAACUGGUUAUAUCCAACGCCGUUUGGUUAAAGCCUUGGAAGAUGUGAUGGUUAAGUAUGACGGAACGGUCCGUAACUCACUUGGUGAUAUCGUCCAAUUUUGUUACGGCGAAGAUGGGAUGGAUGCAUGUUUUGUUGAACCUCAAAAUUUUGAUUCCUUACAAAUGACCGAUGAAGAUUUUGAUAAUAAAUAUAUGAUCGAAGUUACUAAAAAUGAUGAAAAAGAUAAGGAAAAAGAGAAUGAUCAGAAAGAAGAUAAUGAACCUGUAGAGGCACCACAAAAACCAAAGACCCCACAAGAUUUAGUAAAAGAGAAAAUUAUCGAGGAAUAUAAUCAAUUAAAAGAAGAUCGUAGGAUGCUACAAACAUAUAUUUUCCCAAAGGGUGAUAAUAAAUGGCCGUUGCCAGUAAAUAUUAAACGUCUCAUAAAAAAUGCACAACAAAAGUUUAACAUCCGACCUUCACGCAGAGCUACUACUGAUCUGCAAUUUAUCGAUGUCAUUAAUGCCGUCGAAGAACUGAUGACAAAAUUGGAAGUAGUCAAGGGUAAUGAUCUGAUUAGUAUUGAAGCGCAAUCAAAUGCCACCAUGUUAUUUAGAAUUUUAUUAAGAUCGUGGUUAGCAAGUCGACGUGUGACAGAAGAAUUUCAUCUCAAUUCUCAAGCAUUGAAAUGGGUAUUGGGUGAAAUAGAGUCAAGAUUCCGAAAAUCACUUGUUGCACCAGGUGAAAUGGUUGGAACUGUGGCUGCGCAAUCAAUCGGUGAACCUGCAACACAGAUGACUUUGAAUACCUUCCAUUAUGCUGGUGUAUCCAGUAAAAACGUUACCCUUGGUGUACCUCGUCUCAAAGAAAUUAUCAAUGUUGCAAAGAACAUUAAAACACCGUCCGUUCAUAUAUAUUUAGUGGGAGGUUGUGCUGAGGAUAUUGAACGUGCAAAAGAGAUACAAAGUGCAAUCGAAUAUACCACCUUAAAGACUGUGACACAACGUACAGAAAUUUGGUAUGAUCCUAAAAUUUACAGCUCUGAUAUAGAUAUGGACAGAGAGUUCGUUGAAUUGUAUUACCAAAUGGAAGGGGAUGAUAUGGUGGGUGUUGGGUAUCAAUCACCUUGGGUUUUAAGAUUCGAACUUAAUCAUGGUGUGAUGCUAGAUAAGAAACUACACAUGGAUACUGUUGGAUAUAAAAUACAAGAGAAUUUUUCAGCUGAUAUACAAGCAAUUUGGAGCGAUGAUAACGCCGAAAAUAAAGUUAUACGAUGUCGAAUUAAAAUUGAACCCGGAAAAGAUCAUACCGACGAAGAGGGGAAAAGAAUUGAAGAAGAUGUGUUUUUGAAACGUGUUGAAAACAAUAUGCUCACUAACAUUGGUCUACGUGGUAUUAAAGGUAUAAAACGCGUAUAUUUAACCGAAAGUCAAAAAACACGUAUUUAUAUAAAUGAUGUUGGCAAAAUUGUCAAAGAAAAUGAAUGGAUGCUCGAAACUGAUGGCACAAAUUUAUUAGAGGUGCUUAAUGUUGAAAAUGUAGAUCAUAGGCGUAGUUACUCUAACAAUUGUGUGGAAAUCAUGGAGGUGUUAGGUAUAGAAGCAACUAGAGCUGCCUUAUUAAGAGAACUUCGUAGUGUGAUAGAAUUUGAUGGUUCUUAUGUCAAUUAUCGUCAUUUGGCACUUUUAUGUGAUGUAAUGACAUCUCGCGGACAUUUGAUGGCCAUUACCCGACAUGGAAUUAAUCGAGCGGAAACGGGAGCUUUAAUGAGAUGUUCUUUCGAAGAAACCGUUGAAAUUUUAAUUGAAGCUGCAGCUGCUGGUGAGAUUGAUGAUUGUAAAGGUGUAGCUGAAAAUAUAAUGUUAGGUCAAGUAGCUCCUUUAGGAACCGGUGAAUUUGAUAUAUAUCUUGAUCAAGAAAUGUUGAAAAUCACGGCUCCCCCAAUAGAAGGGCAAAACAAGGAAACUGGUUAUGGUACAGCAGAUAAUCGUCGCACAGUAGGAGGCAUGUCUCCUGUACAUGCGACAAAUGUACCCAUGACGCCAUUUACUAUUGGAAGCCAUACACCUUCAUAUAUGAUGUCGCCAGCAUACAAUAAUAUGUCGCCACAAUAUUUUGCUCCUAAUACACCAGCAUUUUCACCAGUGCUUGAACCAGCUGGAGGUUCAAAGGCUAUUACAGUUGGGCAGAAUUAUUCAUGGUCAAGCCCGUAUAAUUCCAGCAGCCCAGCCUAUAACCCGUCUUCACCACAAUAUUCUCCAAGUUCUCCUUCUACGGCACCAUUCGCACAUUCUCCUGCUCCCGCAUUUACUCCUCAAAGUCCUGCUUAUAGUCCUACAAGCCCAUCUUAUUCACCAACGAGUCCUCAAACCAAUUAUGGUGUUGGAGUAAUUGGAAUUGGUGGUAAUAUACCUAAUGCAACUCCUUCAAACUAUAGACAGGCGACAAGUCCUACAUAUUCUCCAACAAGUCCUUCGUAUUCACCAAAUUCUCCAAGUUAUUCACCAACGUCGCCUAGUUAUACACCUACAUCUCCAAAUUACACACCCACAUCUCCUAAAUAUUCUCCUACAUCACCUAAUUACUCUCCUACUUCGCCGAUAUAUACGCCUUCAUCUCCUAGUGCUACCGUUAAUUAUUCAUCAUCAACUGUUACCGCUACAUAUAACCCAGUGUCGACAAUAAGUAAUACUUCACAGAGUACUAUUGGAUCCGGAACGUAUAGUCCUACAUCAGUAAUUAGUCAAUCAACUAUUACCACUGGUUCGCCAGCAUCGCCAAGAUAUAGGCGUUAA